AUGCGCCGGUGCCAGGUGAGGUGGACGAGGGGGGUGCGGGGAGGGGAGGGUGAGGUGGGGAGGGGGGAGGUGGUGGGGGGAGGGCGCAGUGGGGAGGGGGAGGUGGGAGGGGAGGGCGCAGUGGGGAAGGUGGAGGGUCGGGGAGCGGAGGGCGCAGUGAGGACGGGGGAGGGUGGGGAGGGGAAGGCGCAGUGGGGAAGGGGGAAGGUCGCGGCGCUGCCCGUUGCCGCGUCAGACGUGGGUGCAUGUUUGCCCACGCUCCCACACCUCUCCGCUUUUCCGCUUCUCGCCCCCACAUCACUCCCUCUUCUCCUUCCCGCGAACCCCUCCCCACCUCUCCGUCACCUUCCCCCCUUCCUCUCCACCACACCUCUCUGCCCGCCUCUCUCCUGCCCACUUCCCCAAGCCCGCCUCCCCCUCUAUCCGUCCUACCCGCCACCCUUCACCUCCCUCUCCCCCAUUGCCCAACCCCUUGUGGGCCUGGCCAUAAUGGCAGCAGCUGCUGCACGCACCUCGGGGAGAGAGAGGGGCCAAGCUGAGGUGCUGUGCGGAGAUAGAAGCACAGCGGGCAGCACUGCCAGUGGUGGCGGGGGAGGGGCAGGUGCGCGUGGUGUGGGGGAAAGGGCAGGUGCGCGUGGUGUGGGGGAAAGGGCAGGUGCUGUGGUGUGGGGGAAAGGGCAGGUGCUGUGGUGUGGGGGAAAGGGCAGGUGCUGUGGUGUGGGGGGAAGGGCAGGUGCUGUGGUGUGGGGGAAAGGGCAGGUGCUGUGGUGUGGGGGAAUUGCAGGUGCGAGCGGUAUGGGGAAGGGCCAGGUGCUUGGGACUGUUUCAGCACUCACGGGCCUCGAGCUUUGGGAGCUUGACAAAAUGGCUCGCUAA